ACAGUGGGUAUGAAGACCCCUGCUGACUAUCAGCGGGAUGCAGACCCUCCACCUUCAGCACCGCUGCUCCAGAGGCUACAGGGUCAAAGCCAGAGAAUCAUACGUGGAUGAGACCCUUUUUGGCGGCCCUACGACCUCCCGGCUCACCCCACCAGACUUUGACCCUCCCUGGGUGCAGAAAUCUAACAAAACCAGAGGAGGGGAGUCAGGGGCAUCACAGGCCUCCCCGGCCAAGGGGAGCCACGAGACCACCUUCUGCAGGGGUACUACCCUAACCCUCACGCCAAAGAAGAAGAACAAGUACAGACUGAUCCGUCACACUCCAUCUUACUGUGAUGAGUCGCUGUUCGGCUCCCGACCUGAGGGCGCUGGCUGGGACACCUCUCGCAUGGCCAGGGGAGAUGCCGCGAAGCUCAGGGCCCUCUUCUGGACACCACCUGCUACCCCCAGGGACGACCGUUCCCCGCGCCCCAGGGAGACCCCACUUCGAGCCAUUCAUCCAGUUGGUCCCUCCAAGACCGAGCCCAGGGUGGCUGCAGUCCAGAAGUUGUCCUUGGACGGGUUGGAUGCUACCCACCCCCUGGGGCGGGGGCGUUCCCAUUCUCUCACCCACCUGAAUGUCCCCAGCACGGGUCACUCAGCCACCAGUGCCCUCCACACCAGUGGACCUCGGAACUCCAGGCCUUCCACAUCAGGGGUGACCUUCCGGAGCUCCCUGGUGACUCCCAGGGCUCGCUCAGUCAGCAUUUCAGUGCCAGCUACCCCCACACAGCGGGGGGCCACCCCAAAACCAAAGCCCCCUUGGAAAUGAGGUUCUUUAUUGGAGAACUUGCCUGUGGGUCACAGCUAGAUGGCAGGAAUCCUCUGUAGAGACCAGCAUCUCCUGGGGGGAGGGGUGUCACCCUAGGCAUCAGAGAAGCCCUUGCGGGGCCCUGUGGUGAGCCUGGGCACCCUUGUGUCAUCUGGGGAUUUGGGGCCACCCCUUGAGAUGGCUCUGGCCCUGCCUUGGCCACACUUCAUUUCAGUGCCAACCCUUGUCUGUCCCCCAGUGUGAGUUGCCCACCCUGGAUGCAUUCUUCCCCUCCUCUCAAGCUGGCUUCCUUAUGAUUUACCUUCUCCCCGAGUUUGGGAGCCUCAGGAGCUUUCCUGGGCUGUGUGUGGACUGAGGGGACACCAGCAUCUGGGUGAUGCCGGUAGACAUUUUUCAUUUUAAUGCUCAUGUAUUUAUUUCUGUAGAUUAAAUGUAUCAAG